AUGUCUUUGCUUCCUACAAUUACAUCUUUCCUCCCUCAAUUCCUCAGCCCUACGACAGCACAAGGCAACGACGAAAUGUCGAACCCCGUCAUACGCAGUGACAGAAAGCCACUAGCUGAAAGAGGAGACGAUGAGCGAUCAGAUCCGACAAGUAGCUAUUCACAGAGGAUGGGAAGAACGGAGAAAGAGGCCAGUUGUGCAUGCGAAAAAGCUCACAGGGAGGGAGCAGAAAUUGACGACCUUGCGAGAACGACACGUCUCGAAGAUAACACCGCAGGAACAACCAUAUAUUGUCGAAAUGACACAUCCCACAGUGUCAACAGUGAAUAUCGCUAUCAAGGUAUGAAAAACCCCGCUCAUCGAUCCUUGAUUGAGGGAAAAUCAGUAGGGGUACACGAUAGGGAGAACCCUCGUCAAGGCGAUCUGAAAGCGAUCGGCUUUCCGUCCCAGAUUUCAUCUGGUGAACAGUCUAAGGAGACAGUUCAACAACACCAGCAUCGGUCCAAAGAGAAUCACGAAACAACAAAGAGGACCCCCAAUAGCACCGCCGGACAGAUCGAAAAGGUGCCGACCAGAGAGAUUGUCGAAAAACUGAAGGAGAAGAACAAACAUUUGAAGGACCGAUUGGAGAAUUACGAGAUCGAGACCGAAAAGCUCAAUAACAAGUUGAACGCGAACGAGCGCGAGAAUGGCCAUCUCAGGAUGCAACUCGAAGCGAAGGAGGGGCAACAUGCAGCUGAUCGGCAGCUUCUGGAGCAGCGAACAAGGGAACUCCAAUGUUCACAGACGUAUUUGAGCGCCGUACGGUCGUAUUCAGGACGCGAACUGAUCGACCUCGUCGAGGAACUGAACACGGAGGUCCUGCAAGCAGCAGCAUACAUCACAGACGCUGUCGACCUCACACUUUGCAACGACAAAGGCCACUUCACGGAAGGCCAAGACUUUCUCGCAAGAGCCAAGAUGAUGGUAGGAGAUGAGGUGGUUAAUAUUCUUCUGAAGUCGAAUCGUUCCUCCGACGCCUUUCGAACGAUUGUUCAAAACACACUCCAAACAGUAAUAUUGCGUGACCUGCAAUAUAUGUUGAAUUCUUGGUCGAUCAAUCCCGACACCUCCGGAGUGUUCGAGGAGACCUACAAGUCCAUUCGCAAGAAUGUCGAAAGACAGUCAAUUGCAGGGCGAUGGAAAGCCUUGACAAAGGCCCAAUCCAAAUACGCUUCAUAUGCAGCCAUGGAUCAAAUCACCGGAAACCACAUCUUCAAUUCGAUCCUUUCCAUCCUAUUCGUCGCCACGGGCAGAUUGAACAAGAAAGAUUUCAACCGACGGCUCUCUGAUAUCAUCCGGGAGAUUCUGACUCGUGCAGCCCAGCUCGACAAGGUUCUUGGAGAAAUCAUCGACGAAGACUGGGAAGUCUUCUACAUUCUUCCAGGGGAACGAUUCGACCAGGAUUGCAUGGUAGAUACGUAUGCAGCGCCAACAACUACGACAAGACGUCGAUCGGGAUCCGAGCUUCAAACAGCUCCCACUGCAACAAUUUUCUGCAGCACGGAUCUCGGGUUGUUGAAGAGAGCGUCUGGGACUGAGCGGCGUCAGGCCAUGCUAAAGGCAAAAGUCCUCCUACAGGCAACGGUUAUGGAGGGUCUGGAUGAAUCAGGUAGUAACAUACAACUCCGUUGA